AUGGACAUGAAGUUAGAGGGGGCUACCAAUUAUCUGAGCUGGUCCCGGAGGGCGUUGCUGGCUGUGGAACAGAAGGAGCUUGAUGGGCACUUGUUGGGUGUUGUUGCUGAACCAGGAGACAAGACUACUGUGGAGGGAAAAAGAUGGAAGGUCAUAAACUCUGUGCUCAUUGGCUGGUUGUUGAACUCGAUGGUGCCCCCCAUUGUACGCUCUGUGGAGGGGCUAUCCACAUCCGCUGCGAUAUGGACGACUCUGUCCACCUUGUACUCAGGUAAGGGCAAUGUCAUGCUAAUUGCUCAGAUUGAGGGGAAGAUCAGUCGGCUGCAUCAAGGCGACGCCAUGUCAGUGAUGACAUAUGUGGCAGAGCUGCAGGCUUUGUGGGCAGAGCAGGAUAACUGCGACCCUCUGGAACUCUACGAUGCGGCUUGCAUCGAGUCAGGGCGCAAGUGGAUUGCACGCAGGCGUGUGCUGAAACUGUUGGAGGGGCUUAGAGGUUGUUUUCAUGGCAGGAGGGCAUCCCUGUUGCACCAACCUCUCCUGCCCUCUAUUGAGGAGACUAUUGCUGCUAUGUCUCAAGAGGAGGUGCGGCUAUCUCUUGAGCAUGCAGACAUGAAGGCUGUGCCGUCUUCGACAUUUGCAGUCACUGAGCGCAUGGAGUGGAGCGAUCCCAACAAAUGUCAUAUCUGUGGGGAGGCAGGUCACUGGAAGUGGGCGUGUCCAACUCGUGGCAGAGGCAGGGGAUACAACGGAGGGGGAACUGGCAGAGGCAGGAGUGCUAGAGGCAGAGGUGGAUACUCAGGGACCUCAAGGGGUCAGGCUUCUAGGGGCAGAGGUGGCUACUCAGGACACUCAGGGGAUCAGAGGGCUCACAUGACAGUGGCAGGACACUAGGACAUCAAAAGGCAAAGAUGCAGAUGAUGUUGACUAUGGAGACUUUGCUCUCUGGGCCUCCACUGAUGAAGGAGCAAUAGACGAGCCAGACAGUUGGGACUGGCACCAGGCGUAGGGGGCUCUGGUACAUGGACCAGGAGGUGCAGCCGGACUUGGUGUGUGCUGCGACCAUGGAGGACAAGGAGAAGGAGGCGAUGAUCCAUCACUGUAGGAUGGGACAUGUAUCUUUUGAUAAGAUGAGUAGAAUCUUUCCGGAUGUUAUGUGUGGGAUAGGCAAGGGCAAGUUGACAUGUGAUGCUUGUGAAUAUGCCAAACACACACGAGCCUCAUAUGUGAGUAAGGGGCUUAGGAGCAUAUCUCCUUUUAUGCUUAUUCAUUCGGAUGUAUGGAAGAGCCCAGUUGUAUCAAUGAAUGGAAUGAAAUACUUUGUGACAUUCA